GAAAAAUAUAAUCCGAUUGUUAAUUUUAUUAUAGAAACCUACGGUCAGGAAAUUAAUAAUAUAUCAGUUUAUCCUGGUUGCCGACAUCACAAAUUCCAAAUGAAACAGAAAUUGCUAUCUCUACUUUUUCUUUAUCCUAAUGGUUUUAUUUUUUUAUAAAUACACCCAUAUGUUCAUCUCUUUUCCAAAUAUAUUUUCUCUGUUUGAGAGUAUCCAUUUCAAUUCAACUACAUAACACAGUUUUUAAAAGAACUUUAGAUUACCAUGUUAGUUAAUAUAUUUAAAAUAAACAACUCGAAAUCAUCUCACAGAGACUUACCAAUCUCAAAUCCAUCUCCAACUCUUAAUUCCCAAUUGAACCCAUUGGAUUUCCAAAUUCAACGAGAUACAGUACCGAAAAAUAUCUCUCAUGAUUCCAAUAAUAAUUUCAAAAAGGAAAACUCCUUCAGAACCUUUGUAAAUUAUCCCAUCAGUCUUGGACAUAAUAACAAUAACAAUAACAUCUCUUCCCCAUACUACAACGACUCAAUAAUAAAUACUUUGCCCAAAAAUAUUGCUCUUACACAUCAAAUCUCUUUUAAUGGGUAUGCUAUGAAUGAAAAUACAAAUGGUCAUCUUAAAAACCAUACAAGGAACCAGCCAUCAAAUGUCUCUAACAUUUAUUCUGAUGCCAUUUUCUCAAAUUUUUCUACUGGUAGCCAUGCCAAUUCUGACUCACUUACUUCUGCUGAUUGUUCAAGUUUUGAUUUCUAUAAUAACAAUCUUCUUUUUAAAUUAAUUCAAGAUAUUAAUAGAGAUCGUAUGAAAUGCUAUGCAAGGUAUCAUAUUUUCAAUUCGGUUUUGUUUGAAACAUCUUUAUAUAACAAAUUACCAUUUAACAUCUUGAUUAGAAAUGGUAUUAAUCAUCACACUUCAAGAGUGGUUAUUCAUGCUUUAACCAGAAAAUUAAAAGAAUACUUAAAUUCAGAUCAAUCUUAUUCUAGUAAUAUCAAACAAGAAGAUCGGAUUCUCCCUUUUGAUGUCUUUACUCCAUCAUUAUCGCAAUUAGAGGAUUCAAUAUUGAAAGACUCCAAAGAAUUUUUAAGUUCUCUUUUCCCAUACGAGGGCUGUUCCUUGAAGGGCGAAGAAUUGGAUAUUAUCAUAUCACAUCAGAAUAUUAAAAUCAUCAUAAAUUCUCUAAAAUUAAUUUGGGCAAAUUUACCAAAUGGUUUAUUUCCUUGGUCUUCAUACAAAAAGUUUGUGAAAAAAGAAGAAGAAACUGGUUAUCCGAAAACUUCUUUUUAUCAGAUUUUACCCUUCUGUUUACCAAGUAAUGACUAUCCAUAUAUCAUCCAAGAGUACCUAGACAUUAUUUUAUUAUUUUGUUACAAAAAUUGCAUUGGAAAUAUCGAUGAUUUAAAUGAAUUACUUUACACUGCUGCCCAAUUAUUUUUUGAAUUACCAACUCAAAAUGAUACUAAUGCGAAUGCUGAUACUAAUACUAAUACUAAUACUACUGACAAAAGUUUGAAUGAUCACCCUACUAAUUCUGAUACUGAUCAAGUUGAUUUUAUUCCCAAUGGUAGUCCUCCAAUUGAAGAUAUACAUUCAAAUAGACAAUUAUACUACAUUCGAGGAAGAGCAUUUCAAAGAAUUUUCCUUUCAUAUGUGCGAAACAUUGAUUAUGACAAUUCAAAUUUUAAAAAUGAUCUAUCAAUAAGUUUUCUUAAUGAUAUUCCAUUAAAUCCAUACCCACCAGUACCUUUUGUAUCACCUCAUAAGGAAAUGGGUUUGGUUCUUUCCAUUCCUUCUGAUUAUAUUGAAUCUAAUAAUUAUACAACUGAAUUAAACUACAAAAAUUUGAUUCAAAAUGUCGUCUCAUGUAAUUGCAAAAUUUACUCAUCACAAACAAUUUUCAGAAACGAAGAACAACAUUUCAUUGAUAAGCUCAUAGAAAAUCCCUUUUCUGCCUUUAAAAGCUUUGUUUCUUUAAUAUCUUUGAAAUAUCUUUCAAAAUUUGAUCCAAGUAUUUUAUAUUUAGAAAAUUCUUCAAGAAAAAAUAAUGAUGGUAGUAAUAUUAAAAGCAUGAAUGGUGUAUAUCAUCAUCUUAAUUCAAAUCAAAAUUCAUAUCAACUUUAUUCAGUGGAUGAAUUUUUGAACAGUACAAUUGGAGCUCAUAAUAUAAAUACUGAUGAUACCCAUAUUAGGAAAUCCCCAAAAAUCCAACCUGAGAGGUAUGAAAUCGAAGAAAACCCAAUCAAAGUUUCAAAAAUAGAAGUCAAUGAGUGGUUGGUUAAUACAUGGAAAUUGGAAACUCAAUUAAAAAAAUUAAAAGCUACUAUAUUUGCAAAAUUUAAAUCUCCAAUUGGGCAUUGUCAAUGGUUAAUUCUUUGCGUUGAUGAAAGAAGACUUAAAGAAAACCCUUGCUCUUUGGACUUAAAUCAAGGCAAUCACGAAGAAAAGUCUGAAUAUGGAAAAGAUACUGAAAAUAACAACGAUCAAAGCUUGAUUAAUAAUGAAAGAAAUUUUGAAAAUAGAUCUAUCGUUGAAAACAAGAAUGAAGAAAGACCUGUUUUGGAGGUCAAUAAUGAUUUUCAAAAUAAUGAAGACACUGAUGAGGACGAUUAUGAACAAUCGAAUGCUGAAUUGUGUCAAGCUUCUGAAAAAAUAUCAAUAUCUCGUCCAGAGAAUGCGCCAAUUAUUGUUAGUAGCCAGAACAAUUCGAUUUAUUCAAAGUCUGCAAAAUUGAGAAAUAGUCUAGAUAACUUAUCAAAUAAGAGUUUAACCCCUUCUUUCCCAAUGAUUAAUGUUGACAUUAAUCAGAGUUUAGUGCAGUCUCUUGAUGCUGAUAACUAUCCUUAUGAAAUGAAAUAUUAUGUCAAUAGUAAUUCUAGCAAUGUGGAAUUUUUGGAUUCGAGAUCACAAAAUAACCAGGCUAAAGCAAAUCACAAUAAUAGAGAUUUCUCUAACUCUUCAAUACCUGGAAAUAGACACGCUUUUCAGAUGUUUGCACUUCCAAGACUAGUUUCUACAGUUGAACCUUUGAAUAUUCAUAAGAAUAUAAUUUCUUCGAAAGAGGACAUUAUAUAGCAAGUGAAACAUUUCUGCUAAAUAACAUUGAAUUAAAAUUGCAUUCAAUUUCAUUUCUUUUUUAAUUUUUUUUUUGGAUAAAAAUGUUUAAUAGAUAGGGUUUUAU